AUGCCCCGUGCCAAGUCCCACCGGCGGGCCCAGGCCCUGAAGCAGAGGAUGGCGCAGCCGCUGCCAUGGAUCCCCCAGCCGCCUGUCCCCGAGUUCGUUGCUCGGCGCGGUACAGGGUACCGCCAUCGCGUGCGGAGAUGGCCGACUUCGAAGCUGACCCAGCGCAGCUUCAAGUUGGUCACUCCUGCCCUGCAGCCGGACCAGAAGAUGGUGUUCGUCGUGGGAGACUCCCACCUGCGGGCCCUGGUGGAUGGGAUCGUCGCGAUGCCGGAGGUACCUCUGUGUUUUUCUUUUCUCUCUGUUCCAGGUGCGCAUGCAGCAGAGCUGAGGACGGAGGUGUCCCACGCCGCUCUCCCCUGGACCCCGGACGUGGUGUGUGUGCUCGCCCCGAGCAACAACCUGACAGCCAGCAGGAACAUCGGAGAGGCGUCGCUGGACUUCGGUGCUCUCCUGGCUACAGUUUGCAACCGCUGGGCGAAGGUGUUCGUGCUGGACUUCCCUCCACGCUUGAACAUCGAGCCUGGCCUGCAGGAGCUGUUCCGCCAGGAGUUCCGCCGUGUCGCAGCACGCAUGGGUCUCCCAUACGUGUCUGUGGCAGAGCACCUCCCUCUGGACCGUUUGGAGCCGCAAUGUGUUCUGCGUUUCACUGUUUUCCAGGUGCACCUCAGCGACAGCGACGGAACGCCGAUCCUCGUCCAGGCCCUGUGGGACGCCGCGGUCCGCCAGCUGACUCCUCCUCCUCCUCCUCCUCCCUCGGUGCCCCCCCGGACAUCGCCUCGUGCCAGGGUCUCCCCCGUGCUGGUUGUGACAGGACACAGCCCCGCGCCCCGCCACCGUGACCCACUGGAGUGGACCGUCGUCGGACAGGAGGGCAAGAUUCGAGCAUCUCCGGUGCAAGAGUCUGUCCUCCCGUCCAACCCCGUCUGGUUCAGCGGCGACAUCCUGGAGGCCAUGGAGAGGGUUUCGCCAUCCUCGGACAGCGACGUCACUGCCCUUCUGCCAGCUGGCCAGACUUCCCGUGUGAGGCGUUCGCCGAAAGGUGUUGCCACAAGGCGUAGAGGAGGAAAGCGGCAGGUGCUGGCAACACCUUCACCUGCCCGUGUCACCGUGCCUGCCUCCGGGCCCAGACCAGCGGUGCAGCAGGUGGAGGCGACAGCCCAGGAGUCGUCCAGCGUGGUGCCAGGGGUGGUCGUCGUCCGGGAGGAGGUUGCCGCAGCGUGCCCGGCCGUCCCGGAGGUACAGCAGAGUACUUUUUAUAACGUGCAGAACCCGAGUGAAUGAGUGCAUUAUGUAAAUGAGGCUUUUUUUCUUCCCCAUCUUUUUUAGGUGCCGGCGAGACCUUCACCAGCCCGUGUGACCGUGUCCGCCUCCGGGCCCAGACCA